AUGCGCGACCACGGCAACCGGUUGCAGCAGUUUGCCGAUUCCGCUGCCAUGACCUGUGGCCCCUGCCCGCGGCCGGGGCGGCUGCUACCCUUGCCCGGUUUCCUCUUCCGGUGCCGUCCGCCCAUGUCCCGAGUGCUGCCCCUGUCCCUCCUGCUGUCGGCCGUGCUGGCCGCACCGGCCGCGUAUGCCGCGCCGACGCCGAUCACCAUCGAACAGGCCAUGGCCGACCCGGACUGGAUCGGCCCGCCGGUCGAGAAGGCCUGGUGGUCGUGGAACAGCCAGCAGGUGGAGUACCAGCUCAAGCGCAACGGCAGCCCGGUGCGCGACACCUUCCGCCAGCCGGUGGCCGGUGGCGUGGCCGCGCAGGUGGCCGAUGACCAGCGCGGCACCCUGGACGUAGCCGAGCCGGUCUACGACCGCAGCCGCAGCCGCAGUGCGUUCGUGCGCAAUGGCGACGUGUUCGUGCGUGACCUGCGCAGCGGCGCGCUGACCCAGCUGACCCGCAGCAACGAGCGCGCGGGCAACGUGAACUUCGCGGCCGACAACGGCGUGAUCUGGCGCGUCGGCCAGAACUGGUUCCACUGGACCGCCGCCAGCGGCGUGCAGCAGGUGGCCAGCCUGAAGGCCGAGAAGGACCCGCGUACGCCGCCGAAGGCCGACGUGCUGCGCGACCAGCAGCUGCGUACGCUGGAAACACUGCGCCGCGACCGCGACCAGCGCGAGGCGCUGAAGGACCAGGACCAGCGCUGGCGCCAGGCCGACCCGACCCGCGCGCCCGGCCCGGUGUACCUGGGCACCGAUGUGGAGAUUGCCGACAGCGUGCUGUCGCCGGACCUGGGCCACCUGAUCGUGGUGACCAAGCCGAAGGACUUCGAUGACGGUCGCGGCGGCAAGAUGCCGCUGUACGUGACCGAAUCAGGCUACGAGGAAACCGAGGACACCCGCACCCGCGUUGGCCGCAACGGCUUCGAGCCGCACACCCUGUGGUACGUCGACGUGCGCUCCGGCAAGGCCGAGAAGCUCUCGCUGUCGGGCCUGCCGGGCAUCGGCACCGAUCCGCUGGCCGAACUGCGCCGCAAGGCCGGCAAGGACGCGCUGAAGGGCGAGCGCAGCGUGCAGGUGAUGAGUGAUUUCAUGGGCGGUGGCAUCCGCUGGAGCGCCGACGGCCAGCAGGCCGCGGUGAUGCUGCGUGCCAACGACAACAAGGACCGCUGGAUCAUCAGCGUCAACGCCGCCGACGGCCGCGUGCAGAACCGCCACAGGCUGACCGACAACGCCUGGAUCAACUGGGGCUUCAACGAUUUCGGCUGGAUGGCCGACGGCCGCACGCUGUGGCUGCUGUCCGAGGAAUCGGGCUUCUCGCAUCUGUACACCCAGGCCGGCAGCGCCAAGCCGCAGGCGCUGACCAGCGGCAAGUGGGAGACCUCGGCACCGGUGCUGUCGGCCGAUGGCAAGGGCUUCUACUUCCUGUGCAACCAGCAGGCCCCGCAUGACUAUGAAGUCUGCGCGGUCGACACCGGCAGCCGCCAGGUGCGCGAGCUGACCAGCCUCAACGGCGUGGAAGACUUCUCGCUGUCGCCGGAUGGCCAGCAGCUGCUAGUGCGCUACUCCGGCGCCUACCUGCCGCCGCAGCUGGCGGUGCUGCCCAGUGCCGGCGGCCAGGCGCGCGUGCUGACCGAUACCCGCACCGCCGACUACAAGGCCCGCCAGUGGAUCCAGCCGAAGCUGGUGGCGGUGCCGUCCAAGCAUGGCGCCGGCGUGGUCUGGGCCAAGUACUACGAACCGGAAAACAAGGAGCCGGGCCGCAAGUACCCGAUCGUGAUGUUCGUGCACGGCGCCGGCUACCUGCAGAACGUGCACCAGCGCUACCCGGCCUACUUCCGCGAGCAGAUGUUCCACAACCUGCUGGUGCAGAAGGGCUACAUCGUGCUGGACAUGGAUUACCGCGGCAGCGAGGGCUACGGCCGCGACUGGCGUACGGCGAUCUACCGCAACAUGGGCCACCCGGAACUGGAAGACUACAAGGACGGCCUGGACUGGCUGGUCGGCACCCAGCAGGGUGACCGCGACCACGCCGGCAUCUACGGCGGUUCCUACGGCGGCUUCAUGACCUUCAUGGCGCUGUUCCGCUCGCCGGGCACCUUCAAGGCCGGCGCCGCGCUGCGUCCGGUGGUCGACUGGCACCAGUACAACCACGGCUACACCAGCAACAUCCUCAACACCCCGGACAUCGAUCCGGAGGCGUACCGCGUGUCCUCGCCCAUCGAGUACGCGCAGAACCUGCAGGACAACCUGCUGAUCGCCCACGGAAUGAUGGAUGACAACGUGUUCUUCCAGGACUCGGUGAACCUCACCCAGCGCCUGAUCGAACUGCACAAGGACAACUGGUCGAUCGCGCCGUACCCGCUGGAACGCCACGGCUAUGUCCCAGAACCUGAAAUGAGCACUGCCGCGGCCACGAUAGAGAUCGUGGCCGCGGUCAUCCUGGAUGACCGUGGCCGGGCGCUGGUGGUGCGCAAGCACGGCGCCCACCGCUUCAUCCAGCCGGGCGGCAAGCCCGAACCCGGCGAAGCGCCGCUGCAGGCGCUGGCCCGCGAGCUGGACGAGGAACUGGGCGUGCAGCUGCGCGCCGAUGCCACCCUCGCGCUGGGCGCCUUCGAAGACUGGGCGGUGAACGAGCCCGGCCAUCGCGUGCGGGCGCAGGCGUGGUGGGUGCAGGUGGACGGUACACCGCAGGCGCGCGCCGAGAUUGCCGAACUGGCCUGGGUGCCGCUGCAGCCGCCGCACGGCCUGCCCUUGGCACCGCUGAGCGAACACCAUAUCCUGCCGGCCGUCGCCACCCGGGUGACGGCCCGCUGA